AUGCUACAACCGAAUAUUCAAAGAUGCGGGGGGACUGUUCAUAAAAAUAAGCCAGUUACGCAGGAAGGAGAAAAAAUCCAUGGGGGAAUUAGUGAAGACAGAUAUUUAAAUGCUGAACAACCUGUGGAAACAAAACAUUUUUAUUUCCAACAAACUAUGCUUCGCAUAAAAGAUCCACGAAAAUCAUUACCUUUCUAUUGUGAUAUCUUGGGGAUGAGACUAUUAAAAAGAAUGGAUUUUGAACAAGCGAAAUUUUCUCUCUAUUUCGUUGGAUAUAAACCUCGCUCAGAAAUACCAGAAGAUGAUAUAGAACGCAAACACUAUGCUUUAUCCACCUAUCCAACAAUUGAAUUAACUCAGUACUUAUACACGGAAGAAGAUGUGGAAUUCAGUUAUCAUAACGGUAAUAAAGAACCUCAUGGUUUUGGUCAUAUUGGUAUUGCUGUACAUGUUUAUGUUGCCUGUGAGCGUUUUGAAAAAAUGGGUGUUAAAUUUGUUAAGAAACCAGAACUUUUGAACAACUGGGGCACGGAAGAAGAUGUGGAAUUCAGUUAUCAUAACGGUAAUAAAGAGCCUCGUGGUUUUGGUCAUAUUGGUAUUGCUGUUCCUGAUGUUUAUGUUGCCUGUGAGCGUUUUGAAAAAAUGGGUGUUAAAUUUGUUAAGAAACCAGAUGAUGGUCGUAUGAAAGGACUCGCUUUCAUCGAAGAUCCAGAUGGAUACUGGAUUGAAAUUUUUAAUCCAGACACUAUCUGA